ACGUCGAGGCUCCCACCCCAUAAUAAUAAUCUGGCUCUCCGUUCACCCCCGCUUUUUCACUCACUCACUCACUGCCCCUCUUCUUUUCCUCUCGUCCCCCGAAUUGCAAAUCUCGCCGGAUUUCUGUGUCCCACAAUGCAAGCUCCUCCUUCCACACUCAUUCCCACCGCAUUGCUCUUCUUCUCUGCGCCACCUCUAUCACCGCAUGCUCUCCGCACCUUGUCGUCGAGGUGGCCCUGACAUAGCCCCCUUGAGUUGAAUCGAACCUCGCGCUUUACAUUGUUUGCUUCAACGGUGCCUCGUUCUUGGGUUGAUUGGACGCUUUGCAGCCACGAGGAGCAGGAGCAGGAGCAGGAGGAGGGGUGUUUUCUGCUGAGGACCAGGACUUUGAAAUCGUUCUGCGGGUGGUGGUAGCAGGGCAGGGGAAAAGUAGGUCGGUUGCGCUCUGUUGCAAGCUACGCUCAGUGCUCUACCAGCUGCUGCGCAUACUUUGCCUACCAUGGUCUCAGUGUGCGCUAUGGUGUCGACGACAACGACGACGCAGCUCUCACAUUACACAGCACUCCACAACUGUACGACUACGAGCAAUCAAAGACCUCCCCCGACUUCGUGCGUUGCUACUUGCUCAUCCUCGUACAUUGAGUCCCAUUGCACUUCUAGAAGUCUCGGACGGCAAUUAGUGUCAUCACUGGUAUCCCCGAGUUCAUAUCGAACUAUAAGACUUUCCGCCCCUUCUCAAAAAACACAAAAGCUUACCAAGCAACGGUGUGGAGCUGUGAGAUGCUCCGCAGGUGGCGAAGAGAUACUUACCGAAAAGCCUAUCGAACUUCCAAUAUUCCCCCUUCCACUUGUUCUCUUCCCAGGUGCAAUUGUCCCGCUUCAGAUUUUUGAGUUCCGGUACCGGAUCAUGAUGCACACGCUCCUGCAAACAGACCUAAGAUUCGGCAUCGUCUUUGCCGACAAGUCUGUGGGAGUGGCGGCAGUGGGCUGCGUGGGCGAGAUUGUCAAGCACGAACGUCUUGUCGACGACCGCUUCUUCAUGAUCUGCAAAGGCCAGGAGCGUUUCCGAGUCGUCAACAUGGUCCGUACUAAACCCUACCUGGUGGCCGAGGUCGAGUGGCUCGAGGACCGCCCAUCGGGAGAGGCCGAGGACGUGGAAGUCUUGGCUGCCGAAGUGGAGACCUACAUGAAAGACGUCAUCCGUCUUUCCAACCGAGUCAGUGGCAAACCGGACAAGGACGUCCCCGAAGAUUUGCGCAAAUCCUUGUUCCCGACUCCCUUCUCCUUCUGGGUUGGCAGCACCUUCGAAGGCGCCCCUGCUGAGCAACAAGCUCUCCUAGAGCUCGAAGACACCGCCGUCCGCUUGAAACGAGAGAAGGAAACCCUGCGCAAUACUCUCAACUACCUCACGGCCGCCUCUGCUGUCAAAGAUGCGUUCCCCUCUUCUGACUAACCUCAAUCAUCCCCACCCUCUAUUUACUAUUCCAACACCAUGCGAGACCUGGUUUUCAUUGAAUUCUCCGACCGAGUGUGUUAGUGGUCCAUUUGCCGCAAAGAAGAAGAAGACUACAACAACUUCAGCAACAACGACGACGAGGAUUCGGCCUCUGGAUGGAUCCCCCUCGACCUUGCGAAUGUUGUAUUAUAGCAAACGUUGGAUUAUCACGUAGAAGACAGGAAUAUGCACAACUGGGUAAUGGAUUUGCGCUAGUGCUGAUGGAAGCAGUGAGGAAAAAACAGGGUCUUGUGGCGAGCUUCGAUGAUGCAAUGGCACAUAACCUCUCGUGAAACAAACAAACUCACAUCAGGCCAGAUUGUUGAGCUUACUCUUCUUGCCCUUCGUCUUCUUCUUCGUCUCUUUUAGUUUUAUUCUAUUUCCUGUUCCUUUCAUGUUUCAUGUUGCUACGACUGUGCACUGCUGGCUCAUCGCACACUGUGCUGCCGCUUGGGAUGGUGAACUAAUUCUGUGAAAAAUCAAUUCCUCUAAUUGAUGUCCAUGUUGAAGCAUUGUGGGUUUAUUUUUAUUUUUAUUGGGGGAUGUAAACUUGAAGCAUUUCGAUGGAGAAAAACUACCCACAAUGACACUGGAAGAAUA